UGUUUGUAUUCGUCAGUCCGUCGCGUCGAGUGCAAGUCCGGGUUGUCAUCCUACUUCCUACUCUCUGUAUGUCACCAAACUUUUCAACUUUCUCUUCGCACCCACCUGUUGCCUACGUAGUUUUGAAACUCAAGUAUUUUGUUUGAAGUGAUCUUGAUAAUUUCAGCUAUGAGUGCAAGCGGUAACGAUAUAACAAUGAUUCCGAAGAUAAGUGACUACAUGGCCGGGAGCUCCGUCUUGGUCACCGGUGUCACAGGGUUUGUUGGACUCGCUUUGGUUGAGAAACUCAUCAGAUGUGUUCCUGACCUAGCAAAUAUAUAUGUUCUCAUUCGACCCAAGAGAGGAAAAAGCAAGGAAGAACGUUACCAAGAGAUAAUGUCAAACAAACUUUUUGAAACAAUCAAACAGUCCGACCACAGUUCAUCCCUGAGGAAAGUAGUUCCAAUCGAAGGCAGCAUCGAUGAAAAUGAAUUAGGCCUUUGUGAACAAGAUCUGCAAACAGUAAUUUCAAGUGUUAAUUAUGUUUUUCACUGUGCUGCCACUUUGGAUUUUGAAGCAAGCCUUAAAACCACAAUGGAAAUCAACGUACUGGGUACACGCCAAGUUGUGGAUAUGUGCAAGAGGAUGAGAAACCUCAAGUGCCUAGUGCAGGUGUCAAGUGCGUAUGCCAAUGCCAAUCUGCUGCACACUGAAGAAAUCUUGUAUCCUCCUCCUGAUAACGUUGAGAAGAUCAUUGAAAUGGUACAGACACUCUCAAACACAGAGCUUGAAGAAAUUACUCCGAAAGUUCUCAAAAAACAUCCAAACACUUACACGUUCACAAAAGCUUUAGCAGAACAUGAAGUUGCCAAGGAGUUUAGCAAUUUCCCUUCAUGUAUUGUCCGGCCUAGUAUGAUUGUCGGAACAUGGAAGGAUCCUGUACCUGGGUGGACCAACAGCAAGAACGGUCCUACAGGUUUCUUCCAAGGUGCAGCCACUGGGGUUGUCCGUAGGUUACCGGUUGCCAAACAUCUAGUCUACGACUACAUCCCUGUUGAUAUUGUGAUAAACGCAAUGAUCUCCGGAGCUGUUUACACUGCCAGCCAAUGGGAAAGUUUGGACAAGACUCCAAUAUUCCAUGUGACCAGCAGCACGUACAAGCCGUUCCGAUGGGCCAUGGUGGAAGACAAGAUGUCUGUUCUGCUUCAAAAGUACCCCCUAAAACAGGCUGUGUGGUACCCCUACCUAAAACUUGUGCCUUCCCUCAACUUGUACUAUAUCUCAGCUUUCAUCUUUCACCUGAUACCAGCCUACUUCUUCGACACACUCGCCAAAUUCACCGGCCAACGCCCAAAGUUGGUGAGGCUGCACACUGCCAUUGGUCAGUCUCUUGACAGACUAGCUCCGUUUAUCUUCACCGAGUGGAUGUUUGAGAAUACCAAUCUUCUGCGGCUGCACAAGGCCCUACACACAGCAGACAAUCAACUAUUCACUCUAGAUAUAGGACCUCUUGACUGGGAAGCAUUCUUCGAAGACAUGGCCAAAGGUGUUCGUCGCUACCUCUGCAAAGAAGAAGACUCCACUCUACCAAGUGCAAGGAAAAAGGCACAAUGGCUCAAGCUGUUCAACUUCCUGCUUCAAGUUGUUUUGUUUUAUCUGCUGUUGAUCACGGUCAGAUCUUUUGGUAACUUGUCCUACUCUUCAGCUUUUGCUAUAAUGCCAAUCUUUGGCGCAAUCUACUUUUACUUGUAAAUUCAGCAGAUUUGGUGAUGGUGUAUCAGUAUUUAUGGAUGCUCUCUUGCAAAAACUCUUGAGAAAAGUAUUAAUUCGAAUAUACUUAGAAAACAUCCAUGUUGUAAUAUGUAGUUUUCAUUUUGUUCGGUUUAGAUUUGACUGUUAAUCUAUUUAACAUUGAUUUUUAUAGUGGAGUAUUAAGUAUUAUUAAACUUUGGAAGACUUCUCUGUAUGUAGAACGUUGUUGAAUCUUUAUGCAAAAGUAUUACUUACGGUAGUAUAAAAUGUUUAUUAAUGUAUAAUUUUACUAUUUGAUUUUCAUAUACUGUUCCAAACUACCAACCAAGUAUACAGUAACCAAAAUAGUAACUUUUUAAAUAAUGUCAAUGCGAUUUUAAGCUGUCGUUAAUAAACAUGGCAUACAUUUUGUUUUUGCAUUAAAUUAUUGAUAUUACUUACUUCUAGUAUUUUCUCAGGUCAUGUACCAAAAGUUUUUUUUAGGUUUAAAUAUAUUGGUCUCAAAAUUUAUCUCACCCAAAAAAUAACUUUCAGCAUUCAUCAGAGUAUUCAUACAAAUUGCUUGGAUGUAAUUUAUUUUGAUUUAAUUAAUUGCAUUGUCUAAAUUAAAUUACAGCAACUCAAAAAAUUAUUUCAUCCAAACAGCUACAUUUUUUUAUCUUAACAGCCACAAAAGAUGUGUACUUAAAACUUAACAAAAUGUUUGAAUAUAAUGCUUUUAACAAGAUUUAGUAGUAAGACUGAUGGACCAUUUUGUGGUACCCAACAACUUAAACUUGUUUGUAUUUAUUCAAAACAUUGUAUGCAUCUUGAGAGAUCGUUCAUACUAAGUAGUCUCAAUAACUUGUUAUGUUUGUUUGUUUUUUGUUUUUUUUUUUUCAUGAGUACAAAUCAUUCCACUAUGUUUGUCCUUAGCACUUGUUCAUGAUUCAAAUAAUCCUAUUAAGACAUUAAGAAGUCCAUACUUUUUAAUGUUAAUAGUUUCAUUCCAUUACAUUACACAAAUAUUGUAGUUUGUAGGAUUAUAUUAUUUGUUGUUUAUUUGAUUCAAGUACAAUUGUUUUAGUUUACUUAUUUUUGUUAUGACUAUUGUCAAUAUUUAACCAUUUGUUUGUAUAUCAAUUUAAAUACCAUAUAUUGUGCUUAAUAGACAA